AUGACUUUCGAUCCAGAAGACAGAGUGAGCACUCUCACUCCAUUUCCCUCCAAUAACUUUAUUCCAGGUAUGUAAAGAGCGGCCGGAUCCGAAGGUGAUGAAGCCAAUGAGGAAGUACGAGGUGCCGAAGACGAUCAUAACGACUCCCGCUCCGACGGUUCCUGCCAGUUACCCUGUCUCGGCUGAAGUCACUCCGGCUGCUUCUCCAGCCGCCGCUCCGGAAGAGUUUGUCUUCUCAACGAUCCGCCCGAAAAGCAGAAAACCAAAGGCACGCACCAGAAGCAAGACGAGGAAAACGACAAGGAUGAUGACUACGACACCGCUGCCGACGACUACGCAACCGAUGGAAAUUAUGAUGACGGCGGAGACGAGCACUCCGAAGAUUGUGAUAUUCGCGAGCAAGAAAGGCACUGGCGGACGGAGCUCCGAAGUAAAAAUGCCGAUUUCGAGGGAGCGAGCAAACAGCAGAGAGGGAGGUGCGCCGGCGUUCACGAGACCUGGAAAAGUGCGGACGACGACGUCGAUGCCAGUGACUCACGCGACGAGAUUCAUUGCGGGAAUCCAGAGGAGUACGAUAGCGCCGAAGGAGUUGCAGGGGAUGCCACACACGUUGGCACCGUACGAGAAGACGGAGAGGAGAGGCGAAAGCUUCGGAGUGGAAGAGAUGACUACGAUGACUCCGGAGUACACCGUCAGGUACAAUGGGAAGAGCAUGACGGAGAACGAGUUCCUGAACCAAUUGUUGCACAUUGUGCAGCAUCAGAAGGCGGUGUCCGAACAGCAGCAACAGGAAAAGUUUGAUAGGAUGGAACAGGAAAGACUGAAAGAAGAAAAGGCGGAGAGAGCGAAAGAGCUGGAGAGACGCAGGCAGAUGGAAGAAGCAGAGAAAACUAGACAGGCAGAGCUGGAAAGGGUUAGUGGGGCAUAGAUGCAAAGAUUCUCAGAAAUUACUUAUCACUUUCAGCAAGCAGCAAUAUACGCGAAGCAAGAAAGAACGGCGAUGGAAAGGGAACGGGAGCUCGAGAGAAUCCGUCAAGAGGAGAGAAAACGAGAAAUGGAACGGAUCCGACAGGAAGAGAUCGCAUUGGAAAUAGCCAGAAUGAGAGAGUUGGAGAGGCUUCAGAUGGAGCGGCAGAGGAAGAACGAAAAAGUUCGGCAGGAAUUGGAAGCAGCCAGAAAGCAGAAGAUAAUAGAAGAAGAACGGCAGAGGCGGAUACAGGAGCAGAUGGAAGAGAUGGAAAGGAUCCGGGCGGAGCAGGAAGAAGCGAGACAGAGAGAAUUGAGACGGUUGGAAGAGGAGCGAGCCCGUGAAAUGGAGAUAGUCAGACAGGAAGAGAUGGAGAGACAACAGCAGAUAGAACGACUCAGACAGCAAGAAGAGGAACGGAGACGAAAGAAGUUGGAGGACGAAGACAGACAACGGAGGAUUCAGGAGGAAGAAAGGAAGAAGGCUCUGGUGGAGGAGCAACGGAAAAGGAAAAAACUGGAGAGGGAGAUGGAGGAGAGGCAGAAGGCGAUCAGAGAGGAAGAGCAGAGAAGAAGAGCAGAAGAUGAACGGAGGAAGGAGAAAGAAGCCGAGGAACGCAGACAAAUGCAGGAGCAGAUGAGGAAGGCGACGGAGGGAAGGAGGCUGGAAGCGAUGGAAAGGGAACGGGAAGUUAUGCGGCAGAUCAUUGAGAGUGAGAGAGAAAGGGAGCAGGCCAGUGAGAUGGGAGGUCAGUUUUAGUGCGAAUGAAACUACAGUCUUCCGAACUUUCUUCAGAAACCACCCCGAUCACGACCAUCAAGCCCAUCUACCGGCCUAUAAUCUCCGAGUACCAACCGCCAGACGUCGAAUCUCACAUGAUCAGGUUCACCACGCACGCUCCAGAAUGGGCGACACCGCCUCCGAACUGGCAGCCGGAAUGGAAUACGGUUACGGUAGAAGAGGAGACUCCCGGAAUUCUGAUUGCUCAGAAACAGUGCCAGAUCAACGGAGAAUGUGAACUGAAGUAUGACUCCGACUCUUUUUGCGCUCACCCAAGGUAAAGUACAACGAUCUUUUUGAGUAUGACAUUCUUGAGCUUACAGCAACCCUUCGAUGUACCUGCAAUGCGCUCCGCUGUACGGACGUCUCGGCAGAUGGACGGAAAGGCACUGUCCGGAUACUCUCGUCUUCAUGGUGGCAAUCGGAAGGUGUGAGAAAGGAGAAGAAGUUCGGAGACCGUACGACCCGGACAACAGAGUGGUCAUUCCACGUCUGCCCUCGGAAACAUCGUUCGUUGAGUGGAAGGGCAACAGGUAAGUGAAAGAAAAGGAAAUUGUUGUGCUCGAUCAUUGUUCCUACUUCAGAGUCAUCGAUAACCAUCCGAAUUUUGUUGCUCCUCCGAGAGUCUAUCCUCCAGUUCCGGAAACUCAUCAGCCUCAGAUCUACAACACGAUCGACGAGUUCCCCAAGGAUCUUCUGCCCCGAAUGCCUGAGGUCUCCCCGGCAGAGACAUACGCCCAGCAGUAUCAGAAUGUAAUUAUCUUUAUCCCACAACGUUGAAUGUGUAUUCUCUCUUUCAGCAUAUCCAUGGAAGCGUCGUCAGUUCGGUACACUCCCAGCAGGUCCAUCCUCUCGCUCCUACUCCGACCAUUGCUCCGAUUUCAAUCAUCCCUACUUCUUAUCAGAUUUCACAAAGCCAGAAUCCUCCGACCUCAAAUGUAAAUUUCUCACUCUACAACAGAAUAACUUCUCUUUUUCAGAGUAUAAAGUCGGAAAUCGAUCUGUCGCACAUCCAUCCUUUGUUCCCUCGUGUUCAGCCAGACUUUCUCAGUCGAAUACUGCCCGCAUUGAACUUCAAAUUGCACGACGAGAACUCAUCGGGACCACAGUCGUUGGGAAGUGUUGUAAAACCAGUCAUCAAGAAGGUUCGUCAGAGUAUUCUGAGCAGAUCCCCGAAAGUUUUCUUUCAGAUUGCUCUCAAUCAGACCGAACAGUUUCUGGAUCGUCUUCUAGCUGAUCAGGUGCACGACGAGAAGCUUCGAAAAGAGAUUAUAGAUCAUCUAAAGUCUACGAACAUGGAGAGCACUACCAGCUCUGCAUAAUUCCUCAAUACUUUCACCAAUUAAUUUGAACCUCUACGCUUCAGUUCCACUUUUCCUUUGUAUUUAUGUUUAUCCUUUAAUCAGACAGCAAUUAAUUGCAAUUUUUCUUCUCAUUCGGCCCCCAAAUUUCAUUGUUGACCAACUUCCUAAAAAUGUCGUCGAGUCGAGUGUCAAAUACGCAAACACCGCACGUCCCAUUGCGGAUGAUGACUGACGAUUUUUCAAUCCAUUUCUUGUUUUUAAAACAGAAUUCGGCGCGUUUUGUAAGUUUUCCCAUCUAGUUUGAAUGUCUUUCUGUUUCCUACUUGUGAUACACACGAUCUCCAUUUAUUUAUUUGCGAAAUAAAUUGACCAAAUCCAUGCAAAUGUUCAGAAUCGCGUGUGUGAAUAGUGUAACUCGCUUCAUAUUCGUCUUCAAAUUGCAGUUAGUCUGUAAAAUACGAUAAAAUUACAGAGACAUGUCAGCCGCCGCAUUGGACGAGAUCGGAAUUGCUCCGUUGCCGGACUACUCGGCCCUCCGCCCGACACCACCACCAACUGCCGUUAUCGAUGUCGCGUCGGAUGAUUACGUUAAGCUGACUGGACUGGAGCGCCAGCUUGCUCACUUGCAAGUCAUGGAGGACUAUAUAAAGUUGGAGACGAGAAAUCUCGAGAAGGAGCUGCUCCAUGCGCAGGAGGAGGUCAAGCGCAUUCAAUCUGUUCCGCUCGUCAUCGGACAAUUCCUCGAGGCCGUUGACCAAAACCACGCCAUUGUCGGAAGUACGACUGGAUCGAACUAUUAUGUUCGCGUUCUUUCGAUUCUGGAUCGCGAGUUGCUGAAACCAGGAUGUUCGGUGGCUCUCCACAAGUACUCGAAUGCCCUCGUCGACGUUCUCCCACCAGAGGCGGACAGCUCCAUCCAAAUGCUUCGCCCUGAUGAGAAACCGGACAUUUCGUACGGUGACAUUGGAGGUCUCGAUAUGCAGAAACAAGAGGUCCGUGAGGCCGUCGAGCUUCCACUCACCCACGGAGAACUCUACCAGCAAAUCGGAAUCGACCCCCCACGCGGAGUCCUGAUGUACGGUCCACCCGGAUGUGGAAAGACUAUGCUGGCCAAGGCCGUUGCCGCGAACACUGCCGCGUCGUUCAUCCGUGUUGUCGGAUCUGAGUUUGUCCAGAAAUAUCUCGGAGAAGGUAAUAGGUUCUGUAGAUUUUCUCAAAAUGAAUAUAUUCUGUCCAGGACCGAGAAUGGUGCGAGACGUGUUCCGUCUGGCCAAAGAGAACAGCCCGUCCAUCAUUUUCAUUGAUGAGAUUGACGCUAUUGCCACGAAACGUUUCGAUGCUCAGACAGGAGCCGAUCGUGAGGUCAGUAAGCCAUCUCGUUAAUGUUUUUAUUGUUUUUUCCAGGUGCAACGUAUUCUCCUCGAGUUGCUCAACCAAAUGGACGGUUUCGAUCAGAGUACUAACGUGAAAGUGAUCAUGGCAACGAACAGACAGGACACUCUUGAUCCCGCGCUUCUCCGUCCGGGUCGUCUCGACCGCAAGAUCGAAUUCCCGCUCCCGGACCGUCGUCAGAAGCGUCUCGUCUUCUCAACCGUGUGUGCUCGCAUGAAUCUGUCGGAUGAUGUGGAUCUGGAAGAUUGGGUUGCUCGACCGGACAAAAUCUCGGGUGCUGACAUCAACUCGAUUUGCCAGGAAGCUGGUAUGCAGGCUGUCCGCGAAAAUCGAUACAUCGUGCUCACCAAGGAUCUGGAAAAGGCGUACAAGAAUGUUGUGAAGAAGGACACCAACGACUUCGACUUCUACAAAUAA